CCCCCUGCUCGACCCAUCCCCCUAGGGCUGUGCUGCAGCACGCUAGCGAGACCUGGACUCGGCUGCUAGCUUGGCUACUGAACCGGGGAGACCGCCGUAAUUUAUCGCCUAUCAGACAGGCGUGCUGACAUCCAAUCCAUCCAUUUUGUCGCCUUUCUUCUCCUUCUUUCAAACACAUAUUACUUGCCAACGCUCAAUCCAAGGACCUCUGCUCUCAAGACCGGAUUCAAGGUACCGAUUCUCAACUGCGAAGCGAAAGACUCCGGGCUUGCAGUUUUCUCAUGCUUGGUUAGACUAACGGGGCAGCCCUUCGCUCCAAUGGUUUCUGCCACAUAACCGUCGCCGACAUCGCCAGCUUCAAACCCCAAUUCGCCUCUGGGAACCAUAGCUCGUCACCAUGUCGCUCUUCUGUGGCCUUAUACGGCGCCGUAGCGCAAAGGACGACAAACCUCGCCGCGCGCGUACUAUGUCCAUCUUUGGCAACUCCAACUUCCAGGCCAUAGGCGCUCUCAAGGGCAUGGUUCGUUUCACCACCGCCGCAUCCCCAGCUCCCAUGUAUGGUUGGGAACAGCCUCCAGCACAGAAGAAACCGCCGAUUGACGAAUGCUCCAGCCGGAGUUCUGACCAGCAAGCGCCAAUUCCCGAUAUACCAGACAUUCAUAUUACUACUGAGAUGCAUGAGGCCCUCGACCGUACAUACCAUGACCUGCGGGGUUCAGAACCGCGACUAUCCAAAGCCAAGUUUGCUGAAUUCCUACGAACUGUCCAGGGCGAGAGCGAGAGCGCCGUCAGCGAACUUGCUAAGGAGGAUUAUUCCUUGGGAGAUUUCAAAUACACUUGGGUUACCGACUUCUCAUGGGAGGCCACUGGGCCCUUGCCCGAAAAGGAUCUCUCGAAACCUCUCACAAAUUACUUUAUUAGCAGCAGUCACAACACAUAUCUGGUUGGGAAUCAACUGGCUUCACUGAGCAGAAGCUCUCCUGAAGCAUACAGAACCGUUCUUCUUCGGGGAUGUCGUUGUAUCGAGAUUGAUGUGUGGAAUGGGGAUACAAUUAUUCCCACAACGAGAGGCAGAGCCACCAAGAUUGACCACAAGCGUGGACUCUCGGGCGAAUCGUUCCCCAAUGUCGCUACCACGGUGAUCGACAAAGUUGAAGGCUAUCUUGGUGACAAAACCGCCAAUCGCUCCCGCAGUACCAGCUUAGGAAGCCGAAAUUCCUCCCCACGAUCGAGUUUGAAUCAAGUUUCGCUCGAGACACGAGAAUCUGGAGACCGUCUUGACGUUGCUAAACCUCUUUCACCACGCACAAGGCAGUCGUUCCCCAAAGACGAGCCAAUUGUGACCCAUGGAUGGACCCUGACUGCGCCGUGUGGGUUUCGAGAGGUGUGCAGAGCCGUUGGCGAGUCUGCAUUCGUUGAUAAUGACCUUCCAAUUAUUGUCAGCCUGGAGGUGCACGCUGAUGAGGACCAACAAGAGGUCAUGGUCAAAAUCAUGAAAGAGGAAUGGGGCGAGAUGCUUGUGGAUAAAGCAUUCGAUGAUACUGGCCCUAGAUUGCAACUCCCGAAGUUGGGCGAGCUGCGAAAGAGAAUUCUCGUAAAGGUCAAGAAGGCUCCUGCGAAGAUCGUGGUGCCUCCCAGCACUAUGGAUCUACCUGCUAUUUACGCACACGACGAAGAUGCAUCGGGGUCUGAGGAUGAGCAUCCCUUGCAGUCCACAGGACCAUCCCUGACAGGUUCUAACAGUACGUUUCCUUCACACGAGAAGAACACCAGCUCCAAGGUCCGGAUCUGUGAGAACCUUGGCAAACUUGCCGUGUACACACGCAGUCAGCACUACAAGGGUCUCGCAACUAAGGAAGCCAAAAUUCCUGCCCACAUUUUUUCCAUCAGCGAGAAUCGUAUCCUAGAACUUCACCAGAAGCAGCAUCGCGACAUGUUUACCCAUAACAAGGGAUACUUCAUGCGCGCUUUCCCCGCAGGUCGAAGGUUCGAUAGCUCAAAUCCAGACCCAAGUCUCUUUUGGCGUGGCGGUGUUCAGAUGGUCGCCAUGAAUUGGCAAUAUCUGGAUGAAGGCAUGAUGCUCAACGAAGGCAUGUUUGCAGAUGAGAAGGGUUGGGUCUUGAAACCGGAGGGUUAUCAGAGUUCAAACAAGUCUGCAGAGACUCAGGGCGAAGCCACACCAGGUCGUACCAUGAAUUUGAGGAUCACAGUUUUUGCUGGACAACACAUUCCGAUCCAAGCUGGCGACGCAGCGGACGUCGGUCGCUCCGCCAGCACCCUUAGGCCGCUGAUAAAGGCAGAGCUGCAUGUCGACAAACCAACCGACGCUGAACGUGACGCAUAUAUGCAGGAACACAAGUACAAAGAUAAAACGGACGUUGGUAAGACGGACCAUCCCGAUUUCGGCCCCCACGGCUCGACCCUCCAGUUCUUGAACAUUCCCAAGGUGGUCGAAGAGCUCAGUUUCAUCAGGUUAGUGGACAACUUUUUCAAUUCUGUCAUGUAUCGGUAUCCCACCCUCCCACCCCCUGCUCUCGGACCGUCUCCUGUGUCUUGCCAAUCACAGGUGUGUCGUGGAAACACCGCAGUAGGUCUUGUACGGUCAAAGAGCUUACACUAUGGCGGUGAGCUCCUUUCUGUCCCAUAGUAAUAGCUAUAACCCAUCGGCUUCCUUGGGUAUCAAGGACCAGCUGCUUUCCAAGACACGCUUUGCCCCAGGACACAGACCUCCGGUUCGGUCUGAGUGAGGCGCAGAUCACAGAUCCAAAUACGGUUAAUCAUAUUUGAUCGUCGGGUUGCUAUUUGCCGUUUCCCACACUAUCUAGACUGGUAUGGUCAUAUCUGGUGCACCGUGAUGGUGACUCGUGCCAUUCACCUCGCCAUCCUUGAGGUCCGCCAGCUAGCGGGGCGGGGCGGGACGCAAAGCUUGUUGGUCGGCAACUCUUGCUUUAUAUUGUACUAAUUCGAUCAAUCCCCUAGGUUCAAGGUCGAGGACGAUUCAACCAAGCUUGGCAGCUCGCCACUGCUUGCCUGGGCUUGCAUUCGCCUAGACCGUCUGCGACCCGGCUAUCGAUUCAUCCGACUCAUGGACUCGAAGCCCCGCGUUGUACCAGGGGGGAAGCUGCUGGUUAAAAUUGAGAAGACCCUGGUUUGAUCGAUAGUAUAGUUCAUCCUUGCGAAUGAUGCUGUACAUCCGAUCCCAAGGGCAUUACUCGUGUACUGUGGCAACUUCCUGCUGUGAUGAUGCUUUGUGCAUGCUGCACAGCACUACGACAGCGUCUACAGCAACCUGCGUCACACACAGACUGACCAUAGGUCUUUGGCUGCCAGCAUAUCUCAUUUCGUCAUCCUGAGGUUUAGCCCGGUCAAGUCUCUUAGACACUUUCGGCCUUUCUGAAAAUGUGUCAAAUCACGGUCAGAUCGUAUACGCGGAUGAGCUCUCAUCCUGGAGGGGGUUUGAGUAACUGGCCCCCGUUUUGUUUUCUGUGAUAGUGUUUCAUUGGACUGAUAAUGGUAUAGCUGGGAUUUUGGUUAGAUUUAGACAGGAGUUUUGGGAUACCCAGGAACAAUGAAUGUUUUGUGCCAUUUCUCUUUGCCCUCAAGCCUUCCGCCGUUUGUCGUAGUCAG